UGCUGUAGGAGUGCUUUGGGAUCUGCUCAAAAUGUCUUCUGUGAAGUUGUUAAUUUUAAUUGUAGUUUGUCACCAACGGGUGUAUGCAGGUAACAACCACAAUGCAAGAUCAGCCGAGGUUGAGCGAGUUGUUGCUGACUUUCUUUCAUUGAAGGAAGCAUCUGAUUUAAGCAUAAAAGGAAUGCCAAGAGAUUCUUUGAAAAGUGUAAUGUCUUCUCAUAACAUCAGUUCUGAAGAAACCGUUGCCAGACAAGAUAAUGCUGUUGCUAUGGGUCCCAAUUCCGGCCACCUAAGUGGCAACAACAGCCAAUAUGCUGUUGCAGUGGAAUCCGGUUCAGACCACAUGUAUAGAAACAACAGCCAAGGUGAAGCUGCACUGGAGCCCCCAAUUAAACCCGGUUCAGAUCUGGUUCGUGGCAACAAGAGUCAAGAUUAUGUUGAAGUGAAAUCUGGUUUAGACCACAUAUAUGGCAACAACAGCCAAGGUGAAGCUGCACUGGAACCCCCAAUUAAACCCGGUUCAGAUCUGGUUCGUGGCAACAACAGUCAUGAUGUCGAAGUGAAAUCUGGUUUAGACCACAUGUAUGGCAACAACAGCCAAGGUGAAGCUGCACUGGAACCCCCAAUUAAACCCGGUUCAGAUCUGGUUCGUGGCAACAACAGUCAUGAUGUUGAAGUGAAAUCUGGUUUAGACCACAUGUAUGGCAACAACAGCCAAGGUGAAGCUGCACUGGAAUCCGUAAUUAAACCCGGUUCAGAUCUGGUUCGUGGCAACAACAGUCAUUAUGUUGAAGUGGAAUCCGGUUCAUACCGCGUGCGUGGCAACAACAGCAAAGAUGUAGCUGCACUGGAAUCUGGAUCUGAGGUGGAUGGCAACUACAAUGAAUACACUGGUUCUGAGAAAUCCAGUUCUAACCCAUCAAAGUCUGGAGACUCAAACAAAGAUGCUGGUUUCACAGAGGAGUUCAGUUCUAAUCCACUAGAGUCUAGUUCUAGCAUUGUCAUUCUUUAUGGUAACUUUAAUCUGAGUGAAAAUGCAACAGCUAAUUUUAUUUCCAUUGCCUCUGAUGUAUUUAGUAUUAGUGUACCAUAAUAAAUCUUAAAGGGAUUGUUCAUCAUAAG